UAACAAACCAAGACGAUAGUAUUUGCCAUGCGCAGGUCGUAAAUUAUUGAUUUGGAUGUCCUUCUAUAUAUAUUUCUUAUCAGUAGUUUAGAAGAAGUGAGUGUUGAAACGUCUGAAAUCAAAGUUGCACAAUAAUAAUUACAUCGAUUGCAGAGGAAUUUUCCAAAAAAAUAUAAAUAACGACUCAAAAACUUUAAACAAAUUUUAAUUUCAAACAUGAAAGCACAUUUUGCAGCCGAAGAAAGUGAAAAUGAGCCGUUUGAGGUGCAAAUCGAUAAGUUCAAAAAUGACUCAGAAAAAAUGGAGGUAUUGUCUAAGUUUAUUGAAGAUGUCAUCAAAACUGCAGAGAUUGAAGCUCAACACAAAAAAUCGCAGGAUUUGCAACAGACAUCUGGAAAGGAAAAAACAUGUACCCAAAGUUUCACGAUAGGCGGACUGAAAAAUGGAAAAGUUAACAGGGCUAAGGGAUUUGUGGUUCGUUUGUUCGAUGCAAUUUGUAAUUGCGCAAACUCUGCUGCGGCUCCAGCACAAAGAAUGCGUCGUAAGCGAUCUUCCCAACCUAAAUAAAUUAAGUCGAUCUACAACGACUAUAACCAGCACAAUCGACAAAUUAUGGUUCAACACUGCAAGAGCAGCAGCAAUUAAGGAAUAAAACUAAAAUAUAUAAAAUCUAAUAAGAAACAAUCAAAAAAUAAGUGAAUAGACAUUUUUUGAAUACAUGUUGUAAGAAAUAUAAAUUUAACAAGUUUUCUAUAUUUCAAUAUUUUCUUUUUUAUUCUAAAGCUUGAUGCGAACAAUUAUAAAAUAAAAAUUAAAAAUUAACAAAAAGUCUACUGCACAAGCUAUAUUAUUAUUAUAUAUACUUUUUACAUUUAUAAUAUAUAAAUAAAUAAAACAAAACUUACACUAUAAGUUUUUUUAUCUAUGAAUGCAUUUAAUGCAAAAAAGAACCAGGAACGUAUAUUGAACUCUUCCCACCAUUUUAAUGUAGCGUUUAAGUUCCUUUUAGUUGAAUGUUAGUUUUAAAAAGUUCUUUGUACCUAAAAUUAUGAAAAACAAUUUUAAUUUUUGACUGUCCACUUUAUUAAAGCAAUGCAUAGUAAGAAAAAAAUAGUUUUUUGUACUGUGAUCUAAUAAAACUUAUGCUUUCCUUUUGUUUAAUUGUAAUUUGUGUACAAAUGUGAAAUCAAUGUAGAAUAAAAAUAAAAAAUAUAAAAUAUCGAAA